AUGAUUUUCUCCUUCUUAUGUUUGUCUCUCUGCGUUAACCGAGUGAAAUUUGUUGAUAACAAGGAGUUUAGAAACCUUACAAACACACAUGACACAGUUGUAGCCCUUAUUCUUAGUGAAGAUUCUGAUCAUUUUUGGCAAUAUUGCGAAGUUUUCUCUCAUUCCGUUGAAAUAGGGGCCAAUGCAACAUUCGUUGUUGUUACAGAACUAAAUGCACCUAAAGCAUAUAGAAAAUACACAAUGUCUGAACCAUGUUAUUCAUUUUUCUUCAAUCACUCAGCUGUUUUUGCAACACGUGCCUCCAUUGAUUUAGAAAUCUUAAAGCACGUUCUUACAGCAUCACUUUUACGCCAACCAAUCAAAAUUUCAACAGUUGAAGAAUUUAAUGCGAAUUUCGAUGCAUUUCCAUACACAAUCAUUUCUACAGAAGAGCAUAUGGAAUCAGCUCACUCCCUGUACAUCAAACAUUCAUUUUCUAAGGGUCCUCUCGGUUAUUGCCAAGCUCCAGCUUCAUUUUUCGAAAAAGUUGGCUGCAACCCACAAAACUACAUUCUCUACCGCAAAUCAGAAGAGACAUUUGCAGAAUUCAACGGAACAGAUAACGAUUUAAACCGCGCCGCCCAAAAUUUGUUAAAUUACGAAAUUGAUCGCAAUACAAUGAUUCUCAGUGAGCGCAACAUCGUCACUGUUAUCCAUGAUGGCGAUGCCCACCCUAUUGUUCCAUUCCUUCCUGUUGCAAGACGUCAUAUUUCCAAUUUGUACGGUUAUCUCGAUGAAGACGCCUAUUCCUUCAUCAUCGGACUUCUUUCAAACAUCCAAGCACCGAAACCAUACUUAACAGUCCUUAAUUUCACUGGUUUAUGGGUUUCAGAACCAUUAUUAGAUUUAUCUGAAGAAAAAAUCGAGGAAUACGUCACAAAAGUAGAGAAAAACGAGGUAAAAAAGAUCUACACGAGCGAACCAGUGAAUGAAACCGAGGAAUACAAGUUAGUUGGCACUAAUUACGAAGAAUUCCUCAAAAAUGACGAAAAAGAUACUUUAAUUUUCUACAUUUCAUCAUAUAACAUGAAUGAAAGUAUUCCUAUGGUCAAUAACUACAACUCCUAUGCCAAAUCCCACAAUAUUAACGCAAGAGUUGCUUAUAUUGAUUAUUUGAAUAACAGUUGUUCACUUGGAUUCCCUCAAAUCCUCUACCAACCACAUUGCCAGUUCUUCCCGGCCAAGAACUACGACAAAUCAGUUCAUGUUGUCAUUUCCGGCACCAUUCACUCAAUUCUCAGAUUCUUCAAAGAAAAAGGUCAUAAUGAGAUAAAUUUGGAAGGUGUUGAUAGGGAUGAUGAAGUCGAGAAGAAGUUCAUAAUGGAUAACAUCUUUUAUUUGUCGUUGGAAGACAAACCAGUUUUGAAACAAUUACUUGAAGAAUAUACAGCAAAAUACGGAAUUUUGAGUGGAAUAGGAACUGAUUACAACACGACAACAAGAGUUUUGUUCAAAGGAAUUCGUGGUGUAAUUGAUAACGAAGAUGAAUUUGAGGAUGGAGAUGUUCCUGGUGAUGAAUAUGUUGAUGAUGAUGACUAUUAUUAUUAUGAAGAAGAUGACGCUCCAAAGUUCAAACCAAAGGCGUCUUUACUUACUGAAGAAUUAUAA